AUGCUCAAGGCGUACAAGAACCUCUCGCCCAACGCCAGGCUCGGCGUCGGCGUCGCCAUCCUCGCCUGGGGCGCGGCCGGCCUGUACCUCUCGGACCGCGCCGAGGAGCGCUUCGGCCUCACACCGACGGACAGGGACCGGGAGGCGCUGCGACAGAUGACGCCGCACAUCGUCGCGGUCGACAGGGAGGAGAAGUGA